AAAAAAAAAAAAAAAAACUAAAAAAGAAGACGAAAGAAAAUAGGAACGCUCAGUAGGACAUACAAAGUCUUUUAGUUUGAGUUAUACUUGUGGCUGCUUUGAUAACAAUUUGAAUGAAUGAAAGAUGCAGGGAAGGAGCAGGAGCACACACUUCAUCCCGACCGGCAGACAACUGCCGAGGACGCCACCUCUGCCCGAGGUGAAGAAACGCUUGGAGUUUAAAAAUGAAGAUCAAGAAAGAAGCAUCGUCCCUUUCCAUCAUUUCACUGAGGGAGGAGAAGGUCACCCUGAACCAAACAUAAAGCUCCGCAUUUCAGGAACAAGAGCAGGUGACACAGACUCCUUGCUGACUGGCAUGAAGGGGUACCGGUUAACAGCGGGUGACCUGGAAUUCAUGAAGAAGAUGCUAGUGGACAAACAAAUAAAACAGCUACAGGGAGAGCUGGAGGUCAUGAAGGACGCAAUACAACGAGAGCAGAAUGCCUUGGAACUUACACUGGUCUCAAGUGAGAAUGUGCAAACUGAUCUUGAAAAGUUCCCUUCAAGCUCUGAGCUCAUGGAGCUUCUCAAGCAAGUACUUGAAAUUGUGUCGCCAUCAUUCCAAGCGUUGGAGCUCGACGCCAUGUCACUGCUGGCCAUGGUGACCGAGGAAGAUGUGGAGAAAGCGUUGAGCGAAAAGAAAAAGGCGAUUGGUUGCAUGGAGAAAGAGAUUAGUCUGAGGAAGAACAGUACGGCGCGAGUGGAGCUGGAGAACCAUCUUAUUGAUGAGCAGAUGGUGAUUCAAGGAUUAAUGAGAGAAUUGUCCGAACUUCAAUCUGAACUGGCUCAACAAGAUGUCAGGAAAAACAUUAAGCCUGACGCCCGAUCAAAGACUGCCCUGCACGCGAGUCGAAAACCAUCAAGCAAUGACGCUCGUCCAAAGACAAAUCUGAUCAGCUUCCCCUCAAAGGCGAGAGUGGAGAAGGCUCCCAAAGAAGCCCCAGGACAACAACCCUUAGUGUGUUCAAAACCUCCGCGAGGCGCCCGAGGGAGACCAGAGGUGGUCCGACACACAAAAUCGACUGUGACUCAGGCGGAAAGUGUCAAAGAGGCUGACGUCUCAAAGACUGCUCAGCCGGCAAGAAGAAGAGUGCAGCAGCAGCAAAGGGCGCUGGAGGAACCUAAUAAUGGUCCCAGACGCUCCAAGAGGAUUGCCAGCAGAAGAUGAUGGUGCACAAGUCACCUGAAGAUUUUUUUUUUUUUUACCUAGUCCUUUUUUGUCGUUGUUUUUUAAAUGAAUAAAAAUUGGAU